AUGAAGGUGUUUCUGUCUCUUCUGUUGGUUGCCAUUGCUUGCAUGGAGUUCGUGCAAACCUUGCAAUGUUACUCUUGCCAUGAACCUACCGCUGUUGAUAAGUGCCUGACUAUCCAGAACUGCACGAGGAAUGAAACCAUGUGCAAGACUACUAUGUAUUCCCUGGAGGAUGUUUACCCCUUCAUGGGAAUCUCAACUGUCACCAAGAUGUGCUCUUCUGUCUGUGUCCCAUCUGAUGUGGAUGGACUUGGCAUGACACGUCCUGUCUCCUGCUGUUACUCUGACUUGUGCAACAGUGAUGGCACAGCCAGUUUGAGGACCAGCAUUGUGCCAGCUGGGAUGCUAGCAAGUUCCCUUUGUGCCCUCUUCUGGACUAGACUAUGA